UUAAUAACUUUUAAAUUCUUGUUACUAGGGCAAUUAUUUAUAGAGGUACAAAUGGUUCCAAGGAUCAAAGGCAUAGUUCAAGAUCCAAAUUUUAUGGAGUAUUAUGAUACAUCUGGCGUAAAAAUUACUAAGUUUAAUAAAACAACCUAUGCUUUAACUGGUAAUUUUGUCAUUAAACAACGCUUGGAUCAUCUUAAGUUCAGUGUAAGUAUGGCUAAGAAAAUGGGUAAUGGAUAUAUACCAAUGCCAGUCAUCGAAAAAAGUGAUUAUUGUGGAACACUGAAAACACCGGCUAUAAAGCAACAAUUUGAAGAUUUAUUUGCUCACACAACUAUGCCAUUCGGUUGCGAGCAUGAACCAGGUGACUAUAAAAUCCUGGAUUAUGUACCUAAAAUGCAGCCAGGGUUUCCACCUGGAGAAUAUCGUGGUGAAUUUACAUUCUACCAUGAUCAUGAAACGCUUGGUAUAAUUAGAUUUUUCAUUGUUUCUAAUUAG